AUGAACAUUGACAUGCUUCAAGCUGAAAAUAGUUUAACAAAACAAUACCAAUGCAUCUUGGAUGUUUUUGGUCUUCAUCAAGUUAUAGAAAAACCCACACGUGUUACGAAAUCCUCUAAAACAUUGAUAGACCAUCUUAUUACUAACUUCCCACAAAGGAUUGCUGACACUGGCAUUAUUCCCUGCUCAAUUGUCAGCGAUCAUGAUGGCAUUUACGCAAAUAUUAAUGUACGAGUCCCCAGGUUUGAAGCACGGCACAAAUAUAUCGGGAUAUUAAGUCUCUAAAUGAAGGUUUAUUUAUUUAGGAUUUCUCCACUUUACCUUUCUCUGUCAUAGCUUAUUCUGAUGACCCAGACGAACAACUAGAAUCCCUAAACUCCCUGUUCGUUGAGUGUUUAGAAAGGCAUGCACCCUUGAGAAGAGUCUGAGUGACGCGUCCCCCGGCUCCAUGGAUGAAGUCUGCCAAUAUCCAAACUCUUCAAAAAGAAAGAGAUCAUUUAAGACAAAGCUCAUAAAAGCGACGCUGAUAACGGUGUAUGGACCGCUUUUCGACUUGUUAGAAACAACUUAAUGUCUGCAAUAAGAUCAGCACAGAAGGCAUUCAUCGAAAAAGCGCUGUCUUCUAACAAAUCACGCGAUAUAUGGAGAGUUAUCCACAGGAUUCUGAAGCCAAAUCCGAAGCCUCUUCGCGUAGACUCUGACGAACUAAAUACCCAUUGCCACCACGGCAGAGAGAACACUCGAGGCCUCUGCUGUGUCUCAGUUGAGUGACCUGACAAGCCUAACAGACAAUCUGCCUGAACAGAGGAUGUCUUCAAAUGUAUACGUGCAUUACGCUCAAAUUGUUCCACUGGUGUUGAUAAUAUUCCAGCCAGAUUCGUCAAGUUGGUCGCUGAUCAUCUUGCCUGUCCUCUAACUAGCAUAAUAAACAAAUGCAUUAGCAACGCAUAUUUCCAAAAGCUGUGGAAAAUAGCCAGAGUCUCCCCAAUUCCUAAAGUAGAAAACCCAACAUCCAAUGACCAGCUACGGACAAUCUCAAUACUCCCAGUGUUAUCAAAGGUGUUUGAGAAAUUGGUUGCUGGACAAAUGUCAGAAUUCGCAGAGAGAGCUGCGCUGCUACCUGAUCGCAUUUCAGGUUUCCGAAAGGGACAUUCGACAACAAGCGUCCUUUUGGGGAUACGAGACGAUAUCCGUCAUGCUAUGAAAAAAGGGGAAAUUACCUUGAUGGUCCUAGCAGACUUUAGCAAAGCAUUUGACACUAUUUGUUUUAAAAGCACCAUUGAAAAGUUUUAUAAGUUGGGCUUCUCAAAGACCUUCCUGAAGUGGUGGCUGAGCUAUUUAUCUGGUCGUUCCCAGUUUGUGCAGAUAGACGAUAAAUCUUCUUCUCGUAAACCAAUACAUUUUGGAAUUCCUCAAGGAUCGAUCCUGGGGCCAUUGAUUUUUAACCUCUACGUUGCUGACUUGAAUGACGUCAUUUCUUCUCAUACCAACUGUUAUCAGUAUGCAGACGAUACAACCUUGUAUAAUCAUUGCAAAGUGGCAGACCUCACGACUGGGGAAACGAGCAUGAAUAAAACCCUCACUAAACUUAGCAAUUGGUCACAAGGAUCGAAUCUGGCACUUAAUCCAACCAAGACAAAAUGUAUGCUGUUCACUACCAGUCAGAUGUCAACAUACCACUCCCUGUCAUCGCGCCCUCUGCAGCUUGCUGUUGAAGGGAAAGUACUGGAACGAGUAAAAUCAACGAAACUACUCGGAGUACACCUAAAAGAGAAUCUAAAAUGGGACGCCCAUGUGAAACAUCUUGCCUCGACGUGCUAUGGCACCCUAGCAAAUCUCAGAAAAAUUAAGAACUUUACAACUUUCACCCUGAGAAAGCAUCUGGCUGAAAGCUUAAUUAUUUCUCGUUUAGACUUUAGUGACAUAGUAUUCUAUCCACUAACCGAACAUCUACUCAAUAGACUACAGCGAAUACAGUACUCAGCUGCUAGUUUUGUGACUGGACGUUAUGUAAAUAGUAUUGAAUCGAUUUUAAAAUUGGGUUGGUUACCCAUGCGAGAACGAAGGGACUGGCAUAUUCUUAAAGCCGCACAUAAGGCGUUAUAUAGUAGCGAUUGGCCUCUCUAUGUUAGCCUUGAAAGGUCUGAACACACACGUGUUUUACGGUCUAAUGCUCAAGUCAAUUUAGUUAUACCUUUAGUUUCUAAUACCUUUCAAGAUUGUUCAGCUUCAUUAUUGAAUUCUCUACCAGUUGAUAUAAAAUCAUGCACAGAUCAUAGAGGCUUCUCCAGACAAACUUUUAAUAUUUUAAAGCAACGCUGUCUCACACUAUUUAAUUGUAAUGCUUAG